GCAUGAACUCUGCUGUGCCGUUGCCAAGCACCACUGCUUUCCAGGCGGGUGGAAAAAUGUGUGUAAUUCUAAAUGUCAUCUGUCUAUAUCUCCCGUGUAGGGUCGUACACCCUCAGAACACCUUUGGUCGUAGAUUAGAGACAGUUGAGAAGUUGAGAGAACCAUUUUAAUGUUUGCUGAAAUGACACCAGGUUCAAACCACACAGUGUUAAUCUCAAGGACAGGGUUUGAAAGGAAUCGCUGCACACUGUACGAACAACAGACCCCCAGAUCUGAAAAGAUUUUCUCAAGGACAAAGGACCAGAAACAUCCAAAAUCACCCUCAUUUAAGAGCUGUCUGAAGUUUUGUUUCAAGGACCGAGAGAAGAUGGAGCAACGUGAGCCGCACAGGGACCAUCACGCCGAACUGACCGAAGGGAGACUCAGGGAACUGACGACAAAGUGGUUCAUAGAGACUCAAGUGCCGCUCAUUGUCCACAACGGUUUCUUCCCAACUUGGUUCCUGGGCUUCAUUACCAGAAAGGAUGCUGAAGAAAUACUUAGAGAAAAGCAGCUGGGCUGUUUCCUGAUCCGUCUCAGCGAUAAGGCCAUCGGGUACAUAUUGUCCUAUAAAGGCAGGGAUCGGUGUCGACACUUUGUGAUAAACCAAAGCGAAAAGGGGCAGUUUGUAGUCUGUGGAGACAGCGAGGGACACAACACAGUACCUGAUCUGAUAGAAUACUACAAGACGAGCCCCAUCGAGCCAUUUGGAGAGUAUCUGACAUGUUCGUGUUUCGAGCAGGUAAUGAAUGAAGAACUGUACGAUAUCAUCCAGAUCGGCCCUAAAGAGAAACCUGCACCUGCUGUCAGAGCUUUUAGGAAUGUGAGGAAACAGCAGACUACAUUUGCUCCAGAGCAGCCGCGUUCACGGCCACCAAAGAACAACGGGACACUGGAGGAAGUGCCACCUUUGCCUCAGAGGACCAGGCACUUUGACAGCAGCCCCCUGAAUGACCAGGACAGGGUGUUGUAUGCUCAGCUCAGGAAGCAAUCACCCAGGGAAAUACCAAGAUCUCAACACGCCUUUCAAGGCCAUCAUUUACCCGGAGAUAAAUCGAGUAGGCCCGUCUCACAGGAUCACAGCGUCAGCCGGCUCAGCCCACUGGAGAGCAGCAAGAGCAGGUCUCUGCCACUCCUGGACAACAGUUCAGACGGGGACCAGCACUACAGGCUGAGUGCACCCCCUGACACGCCGCCCAGACUUUCCCCCAGGCCCCUCAGACAGGCCGCCAGCUGCACGCCAAGGUCAGAGAGGGCAGACUCACGCAGCACGCCGAGCAGCCUGGACUACAUGAGCGAAAACGCCGUCUAUCACCUCGCCGGCAGGCCCGGCAGCCCACACUCUGCAUCGUCUGAGGCUGGCCAGCUGGCAUCAGAGCAGCGUGAAGAUUCAGGUGUAUGCUGAGGUCGCCCACGAGGCCCUUUUUAACCGCUUCGCUCAAGACAACACGUAUGAGCUAAUUCCAGAGCACGAGGAUUUAGUUCAUCCUGUGCCCAACUGCAACACUUAUGCACCUCUGGAGGAAGUCAGACCCAAGGUGUUAAAGAAUGACAAAUGGAAAUGGCUCUUCCCUGAAGCCAAGAGGAAAUGGUGAAGAGGUUGACUUACCAGCUACUAAAGGAAAUGUUUACUAAUUUUACUCUGACACUACUGUGCUACUAAUAUACAGUCUGUGACAACCUCCUCUAUAUAUUCAGCAUAGGCUCAUGUUCAUAACUACUCAAAUGUCAUCUUCUGUAUUUUUGCUCUUUAAUCUAUUUAUUUAAAAAUGUUAAAGCAUUUACAUUUAUUUUCCACAUGUGCUAAAUAAAGCACAAACUGUACACUGAAAUUUCACAAAAUAAUUUAUGCCAUUAAACACAAAUACAUAAA